CCUAAUUCAUAGUUUUUUGCAUAACCACAAUCAAACCAACCAACCAAAACAUUUUCAUAUUUUUAUUUUAUAAAAUAAAAAGUCUAACAAGAAGCAGGCAAUAUGUCUAAGGCAGCGGGCAAAUUAAAAAGCAUAAAGAAGGGUGUAGAGAAGAUAACCCAUACCACAAAACUUAAAACAAAUAUACCUGCUGGCAUGGCAGCGGCCGGUCCCCCAUUGGGUCCUAUGUUGGGUCAGCGCGCCAUUAACAUUGCAGCCUUUUGCAAGGACUUCAACACACGAACUGCAGAUAUGAAGGAAGGCAUACCACUACCCUGCCGCAUUUCCGUGAACAGUGAUCGUAGUUAUAAUUUAGUUAUACAUUCUCCACCUGCUGCCUUCUUACUGAAACAAGCUGCCGGCAUACAAAGAGGUGCCAUGAGUGCCGGACGAGAAGUUGCGGGCAUGAUUACGUUAAAGCAUUUAUAUGAAAUUGCCGCAAUUAAAAUUCAAGAUCCACCAAAUGCUUUACUCACAAUGCAGCAAAUGUGUGAAAUGUUGGUGGGAAUUGCUCGCACAUGUGGUAUUAAAAUUGUGCGAGAAUUAAAGGCCGAGGACUAUGCUGCCUUUUUGGAGGAACGACGUGCUGUGGUUGAGGCCCAAAGACGUGAAUUACAAGAAAAACGCGAAGCUAAGAUGUUACGUACUGGUUAGAUUUACUAUUGUUUAUUAUUGUUAAAAAAAAUACAAACAUAUUUUAAACUAUAUCCUAA